UUUGUUUUAUAUUUCAGAUAUUUAAUAGAAAAUAUUUUUUGAAACUGAAUGUACAGCUUAAUAUAUUAGCUUCUUAGUUUCACUGCCGUCACUUGUUUGCGUCUGGACACGGUAGCAGACAAUUGUUUCAAAGUAGUCACGUGGCCGCGUGUUCAUUUUCGGUCGUAGAUUUGCUCUUCCUACAAUCUUCUUAAUUCUUGAACUGGUUAUUCUUAUCCGCACAAUUUUUCGAACGAUGGAUUCUCAAAGUAGUGGCAAGUUUCACCUUGUAGACUUAAUCGUGAAUGUCACGGUUCUCAACAAGAAGGUAAAAUAAAUACAAGUCGCAGUUGUACCAGAUAUUUGGGUGUCAAAUGGGUUCUGCUACUACCCUAAUUCUAAGAAUGCUCUGCCUUUGGUCAUGAAAAAAACACCCGUUACAAAAACUUGGACCAAGUAUCAAGCAACCAUCAAAUUAACCUGUGAGACGUACACAGAAGCUAGGGCCAAGUUGGCUGAAACCAAAUCUGACUUUGACACUCAAAUUUCACAAGAUGAUGAGGCAUCAGCUGUGAAUCAGGAGGGUAGACCCAAACGUAAAAGAAGACCUACUAAUAAAAACUUUGGUACAGAUGAUUCGGAAGAUGUAGAGAGUAGUAAUUCUGAUUUGGAGGAACAUGACAACGAAGAAGUUGAAAAGGAACCUGCUGUCCCAGCUGGCUGGUGUGCUGUUAAAGAUAAAUCUGCAACAUGUUAUGUACCGCCACUAUCUUCUACAGUACCUUCUAAGCAGGGUUUCACUUUUCCACCUAUUGUCAACGAUAUGACAAUCAGCCAACCAACAGCUGCAUUAGUUAAUCAUUUUCACCAGCCAGCAACAACUACUCCAGCUCGUCAGCCGUAUUUUACUCAAGAAUAUUUGGGUAGUGGAGACAUUUCUAUGCACAACCAGCCACCAGCAGGUAGUUAUCAUCGCGAAAGCUCUAUUCGGCCAAGCCACAUUCCACCGUGUUUUCAACAGCAGCUCUACCCAACUGCUGAUUCAUGGGAACGUAAAAGUGAAACUCAACAAACGCAAACCUCAAUAGUAAAUGAGACUGUGCAGAGUAAUUAUUUAUAUAUGUUUUUUUAUAUGGGGGGCAGUCCAAAACAUGGACAAACAGCGUCUCAGCUACAUCCGGAUUUCAUACUUACGACAUCCACUGUGGUCAGGGUUGAGAUUCAAAUACGUCAACAUUUUGUCAAUUUGGAUAUCCUAUAA